AUGGCACAGAAACAAACUUGUAUAGAAUUUAUUAUGAAAACGUUUGGCGGAGUUUGCAAGAGUAAACAUGAAGCAUUUCAAACGACAUUUGCCAUAAAUUCUGAAGAAGCGGGCGUUAGAGCCCGCGUGCACCGUUGUCAUUUUCAAACUAACAAACUGCCAGACUCUAUCUUAAUGAUUAUUUCCUGUGGCAACAUUAUUGGCUACAGCGGCGUGACCACCACCAUCAACAUCUGCAGUACAAACAACAUCUACACCGAUAUAAACAACAAUAUCGACAACAUCAACAACAACAACAACCUAAUGAUCAACGACAGCACAUCAAGCAACAGCAAAACAAACCAGCAAAACAACAUCGUCCAAACGUCAACAACCUCCAAUCCAAAUUACGUCUCCAUCAUGGCCACCAACAAACUAAACAACAGUAUCAAAACCACCAACAAAGAACGUGAACACACGUUCACGAUGUUUUCAUCAGACUUCGUCAUUGAAGUGGCUGGCAAGUUGUUUAGCGAACGUAAGAUCAACACGACUUUUAAAGUCUAUGCAAAGCAAAAAUGCAUCAACCAACAACAACAUCAACAUCUACAACAACAACAACAUCAACAUCAACAAUAUCAGCAACAUCAACAACACGAACAAAAACAAGAUCCACAAAAACAUCAACAAAAUUUUUGCGAUGGUAUUUUUCCUGGUUUGAUCAAGCAAGUAACAAAAUUUAAUCAAAACAAAGACGGCGAUCACAACAAAAACAACAACCACCACCACAGCAGCAGCAACAACAACAACAACAACAGCCACAAAAACAACAACAACAACAGCCACAACAACAUCAACAACAACAUCAUCAACAACAACAACAGUGAAGAAACCAAUGUUACGUCAGAUCAAAUCAUCAACAGCCACAACAACAACAACAACAAUAAUAAUAAUUAUAACAACAACAACAACCACGACAACGACAACAGCAACAUCAACGAUAUUUAUAGCAACACUUUCAGUAGAACAAACAACGUACAUUCUACUCAUUCUCAAUCUGGCCGUAGUAACAACAUCACCGGCAAUAACAACAAUGAAAACAAUCACAACAACACCUCUAGUUUUAUUUUACACGACUACAACAACGAACUUAUUAACACAUUGAACAACAACAACAACAACAACAACAACAGUAGUGACACCAACGGACCGGAUUAUUGGUUAACAUUCGAUUGCUCAUUAUUCAAGGAAGCAGGCAGUUAUGAUGUGUUCGUUGAGAAGUCUGAUGGGGAUGUGGUCAUCACUGAACGUCUGGUCACUUUCACUGUAAGUUUUCAGGAUGAUGGGGCCAGUGUGAUGUUGAUGUGGCCAGUGGUCAGUAUAAGUGUUGAGAGCCUGGAGUACACAUUCCUUGAAGAUGAUGUUGCCCUGCAUGUUGUUGAACCAUCUUUCCAGCUGAUCACAUGCACUUCUCAGCAUUUCAACGAAACUGUCAUGCUGCUUGUUCUAUUCCAUGACGACCAAAACAUUCCACACACUCUUGUUUACAAUGAAACUGUGACACGUCACAUGAACUCUCACGUGACCAAACACGUGAUGGGGUGCGGCGUGUUUGAUAGGCCAGGAUAUUACAGUGUGGCAAUGUACCAGAGCAUGGACGCGCACAAUUACCCAGGUGAACAGCUGGCAUCAACCGAAAUAUUUUCCAUCCUCCCAUCAGCUUCAACUGUCAAACUUCUCGCGCCAUCAUACAUUCAAAAUGUUUGUUCACAUCACGUGGUCGUUCACGUCAUCAAAAAACCUGGUUGCUGCUGCCUGAGGGGACGGGUGAGGUUGUACAAGGUGACAAGAAGGGUCCUAUUUGGGAGGGGUGUUGGUCGUGAACCUGAGAUGGCGGGUGCUCUGGUCAAAGGCAACAAACAAAACACAAGGAAACUCAUUCCACUUGAGGACGUCAGGAAAGUUGCAGCUGCUGGAUGGCAAAUGACAAAAGAGAUUUACGUAGCAGAAGUUGUUGUAAGCAGAGCUGCUGUGCAGGUUCAAUUCGAAUGUGAUUUGUUUCAGGGUGAGGAGGAUGGUGAUGGUGCCGUUGAAGAGGCUGGGAAUAAUUUCAACGAUGGAUCACACCAACACUUCGACAGCCAGCCUGCCCAUUUGCUAGACGAUCACAAGAGUAUAGAAUAUGAAAAUUUGAAUAAUGUUGAUACAGAAAAUCUCAAUACAAAUAAGAACAACAGCAACGAUGACGAUGACAACGAUGAUGAGAAGAUGAGUAGAAAUGAUGAAGUGGUUGGUUAUUGUUGGCGGUACGUAUCCAUAGCCAGGGAUGGUUCAGUUCACCAUCACGCCAUCACCUGCUCUCACGUGCCACAAAGAGAUGGUGAAGAAGAGGAGGAUGAAUAUGAAAAUGUUGAUGGUGAUUAUGAUUAUGAUGCCAAAGAAAGCACAUUUUUCAAUCUUUUGUGGCAGUCAACAGCAACAGCAACGACAACGACAGAGCAACAGUUUUUAAACAACAUCAACUGCAAUGUAACACACAACAUCAACAACACAGCAACAAACAUUACAUUCGUGGCAAACAUCUACAAAAAUAAGACCACCAUCUCCUGUCUACAACUAUCCAAUCCUAAAACGAUGAAAAUAAAAAUUUUCAACAUUUUUCCAUCAGUCCAGCCUGCAAAGUGCCUUGAGGUUACUGUCACAAAUAUCUCCAAUAAGUCGGUAUCAAACGUUAUCUUCAAAAGAUUUUUGUACUUGUCUGGAAGUUUUUUCGAAGUGAAAACUUCAGUGAAAGCGAGAAGGAUUGCCGUCAGUUUCCUGGCUCACCCACACAUCCAUGAAUACUCUCAUCCAUGUCUUGAUGUUUAUCACGCUCAAGGUGAAAUGAAUGAUGGACUGAAUAGUAGUCGUGAUGUCACUGAUGGUGAUGAUGACGUCAUCGAUGAUGUCAUUAAUGGAGAUGGGGAUCAAGAUGUGACAAGUGAAGAAGAGAACUUCGUCAGCAGUCAUCAGAUUUUUUAUCACCUUAUUUUUCAUGAUUUUGAGCCUAAUUUCGAUGUUUCACUGGGAACAGACAACGACAACGAUCUUAACACCACCAACAACCACAACAACAACAACAGCCACAACAACAUCUGUGAUAAGAAGGAUAGUGUUCAGAGAGAACAUUCGAAUUAUGUGAUAGUCUUAAACGACGAAACAAACGCUUUGAUAUUGAUCACAUUAUGUGUUGUAGUUGCGGUUGCUGCUGUCUUGUGUUUCAUAAUCAUGAAAUUUUGUUACUUCAGCGGCCAGUGCUCCAUCAGAGGAAAGUUUAACGGGAGGAAAUAA